AUGGCGCCCAAGCCACCUACUAAGACGGCGCCCUCCUCGCCGCCCAAGCUUUCCCAGCCCGCAGGCAUCCUCAAGAAGACACAGCUAAAGAAGCCGAAGGCGAACACUGCCGCCGCCGCCACCACUAUAAAGGCCGCCAUCAUCAAGAUCACCACCACCACCUCCACCUCCACCUCCACCGUCACCACCGCCACCACCGACAAGGCCGACGACACCAUGUUCGACACGCUCAUCGAGCGCCUGCAGUCAUUCGGAGGCCGAGCCGGUACCGUCACAGCACAUGCUCUCGUCCCUCGUGGACGAGAGCGCGAUCGACGAAAGCAGCUGCGCUGGGCGAUCCAGCGCUGCAUGUAUCUGGAGAGGAAAUACGAGGCCGCCAAUCAGGAAAAGUCCUACCGGUUUCGUGCGUUGAAGAAGAGUAGGGCGGUCAAGAUCAUUGCGGUCAAUAUUGGGGUGGGUGGAGAUGAGGAGGAGCAGGAGAAACAGGUGGAGAAGGAGUGGGAGCCGGUGCACAAGAUGCCUGGUUCCUGA